AUGAUCCGCCCAAGAGCCCUCGCCGCUCUGCCCCAGCACCUGCGUGCCCUCAACACGACGGCCCCGCUGCCCGAAGUCAACACCCUCUCGGCCACCGGCUCCCGCUCAGUCCGCAAACUCGCCGAUCUCGUGCACAUGACCCGUGCUUCCGUUCACCGCACGCACGCCAACUACACAGACAACAACUCCCCCCGCAACCGCUUCAGGGAGCGUGCUGAGAAGAAGGAAGCUGAGACUGGACGUUUCGAUGAUGCCCCUACGCCUGCGCUCGAGUUGGAUAUGUUGUCUGCUGUCCCUCCUGUAGAGGUGCCUCGGCGUGGACAGCCUGGUCGUCCUCAGGCUGAUCGCAAACAGGGCUCCCGUCCUCAGGCCUACCAGGGUUCGCGCCCCCAAGGUGACCGUGGACAGGCCUACCAGGGUGACCGUGGACAGGCCUACCAGGGUUCGCGCCCCCGCCCAGGAGCCGGAAAAACUCUCGUCGCCCGAAACGCAAUCAUGGCCCAACCCUCCAGAAACAGACAACCACGCCGCCCAAACUCCCCCCUCAUCCUCCGCGGCGGGAACGGCAGGAAACCCAAAAUGGAUUCCAUCCGACAGCCGGGUCCGUCAGACUACGUGCUACCCACGAUCUCCCUCGCGACCCUUCACGACAAGUUACCUGCUACGCCUGCUUCGAAACUCGGGUUGAGCGCCGCCUUGAUGAAGAGUGCGCCGAGUGUGAAGCAUGCCGAGAUCGAUUCCUACAAGGAAGAGAACUGGAAAGAUCUCGAAGCGCGUACCAAAGAAAUCGCUGCGCUCUCCGUUUCGGGUGACUACAGGGUCGAGUUGGAUGGGACUGGUGUAUUCGGAGAGAUGGACGGGAGGCCCGGGUGGGUGAAGAAUGUUAUCGAGCAGGUCGCGAUGAAUGGCGCGUAUCAGAGUGCAGUGAGGGACAAGUUUUUGGGGGUCGUUGCGGCGAGUCCGGCGAGUAGGAUGAAGCAGUUGAGUGCAUGA